AUGGGGUUCUUUCUGGAUGAAAAUGGAGACCCCAAGGCCUGGGCUGGAUGUUUACUCUGCGGCUUCGCAGCGAUGGGAUCAGACGAGCUAGAGGAGAAACGAGACAAAUUGAAGCAAGCGGAGAGAGAGGCGCGAUGGAAAGCGGCCAAGACACCAGUUCCCAUUGCAUUAGAAACCAUCGAAGAGAAUUCUCCAACAAAACCUCUCCCAGGGAGUACAGAAACACCAAUCAUCGAAACCGACGACGAAAUCUCGCCUAUAGUGAAUCAACAACCUAAACCUCUCCCUCCUAUCCCUUCUUCGCCAUUCGCCCAAAAACCAAUUUAUAAGCCCUACGCUCGGCCCUUGACUGAUAUUUCAGCUCCAUCUACAUCAAAGAUAAAACCACCUUCGCCUGUGGUCCUAGCCCCACAAUCACCUCCUCCCUCUACACAUCAGCAGCAGCAGCAGCAACAGCAACAGCAGCAGCAACAGCAACAGCCAUACAAAGCUUACACCCCAACACCCUCAUCUGCACACGAGCAACCAUCUCCAUCUCCAUCUUCCCCACCCACUCUCGACUCUCCUCCCCAAAGCAACACCAACGCCCAACCCAAAAAAAUUACCUGUCCGAUAUGUAACGGAACCAAUCACAAAGAAAGUAAAUGUCCUCGCUUAGCAGGAAUUUCCGCUGAACCUUCGAAAGCUAUGAGUAGUUUUUCAAAGGAAGAUUAUGCUGUGUUGGGUUUGAAUUCGGGGCAGGAUUCGUUGAAGAAGUGGUUGAAGAGGGAGGGGAAUGGUUCUUCUACUACUGCUGUUGCGGUUGCUGAGGGGGAUCAGGGGGGGAGGUGA